UGGAGGAACACCAAUAAUACACGCAGUAUAGGUAAAAAGGACACUAGUGAUUUUAUCUUCUGCUCCACCGACGCAUGGCAAAAUCGUCCUGGGUCCAGGUCCCCCAAAGUCAGUGCUCAACCUCGCCUCGCCUUGGUUGAUGUUAUUUUAAUCUCCCUCCAUUGUCUGGCUUCUCUCGUGCGAGUACUGUCCUUUUAAGUCUAAUGGUUCCCCCUCCUCCCUUCUCCCCGCUAUCAUUAUCGUUGUGGUCUCUCUGCCCUUCUACAUCCCUGAUCCUCUCCCCUCUUCCGGACAUAACAUCAUCAUACAGUACUGGUAGUUGACUGUUGAUUCCACUACUACGACCACUUGCCACCCUUCCGAGAACUAUAUCUACACGAUCUUCCUAUCAAACCCAAUAUCUACUGGGAACUUACUUUCUGCCGAACAAAUCCCCACACAUUCACCACAUUCACGGCGUCAUCGAUCUGGGUUGCCACUUGCAAUGAUUCAGUGGUUCCCGUCAACUUUACACCCUUCACCACACCAGAUCUAAAGAUUCACUGGUGAUUGCCAUUGUCAUUCGAAGAAUAACCACGAUCCCUUGAUUACGACGACUUUCUGUUCCUCUCGCUGGUGAUCGUAUUUAUCUAUCUGUCUCUCCACCGCCAUCGAUUCACGAUUAUUCCCACCACGAUUAUUCCCACCACGAUUUCUACUUGGACCAUCCAUAUCUCGUAUUACAAUCAUGGCUACUCACGUUCUCACCGCCACCACUAGUCCUACCAACCAGAUCUCGGUCUACGGCCAGCCGUCGCCGAUCAACACCGCCAAUAACUCUCCGACCUCCCCGCGUCAGCAGUAUCUCCCCCUGCAGACUCGCCAGUUGCGUCCACCCAAGGGACCUCUCUACGUGCCCGCUGCCUUGCGCCCGACCGAGCGUCCUCAGAAGACGUCUCCUCCAUCCCCCCCUCGCAGUAUCCAUGGCUCCCUGGACAGCUUGAAUGAUGGCAGCGAGGAACCCCAGCCGGCCCUGACUCGUCGUUCCACCAUCGAGAGUGCGGUGAGCGAUGGCAUUAGCAAGCUGGCUCAGGAUGAAUGGAUGAAGCAUGAACAUCUUGGUGAAGUCACUGGUCUUCCUACAAGAGAUCACUGGAAGGCGGACUCAGCCUCUCCCAACUGUGACUCGCCCACAUGCCGCUCCUCGUUCGGUCUCUUCCUUCGUCGCCAUCACUGCCGCCACUGCGGUCAUGUCUUCUGUUCUUCUCACACUCCCCAUGUCGUCCCUCUUGACCAGGAUGCUCGCUUCCACCCCGAAGGCGUUCCCUCUCGGGCCUGUGACCUGUGCUGGCAUGCCUUCCAGCGCUGGGAGGAGUCGCGCAGCGAGCGUCUCAACAAGAUCCAGACCUUGAUCGAGGCACAGAACAUCAAGACUGAGGAAGCGGCCGAGGAGACCACGGAGCAUGUGGACAACAUCGAGGAAGAAUCCAGGAAGGCACUCACUGCGAUGCUGGGUCAGAGCACCGAGAUUGCCGCCAGCAUCCCUCGCGGCUGGAACUGGAGUACCUUCUAAUCUACUCAACUUUUGAGUCUUGCUGUCGAUGCCCUUUGGUGCCAUCGAUCCCACUCUUUUGACGCAUCUGCUUUGGCGGACUUGCUCUACAUACACGCGGUCUAGAACAUACUUGGCUUUCGCUUCGGCGUAGCAUCUGGGAUUUAGCAUUUCGGUUACUUGCACGGUGUUCGGAUCUGGUUUCCACCUUAUGGCUUAUGGUUUUUUUUUUUUUUUUUUUCUU